CCGUUGUUCCUCCAACUAAGCGCAACAUGAGCAGCUCAAGCUUCACCUCUCUUCUCACAGCACCGCCAACCAUCCAUUGCGGUUUCCGUUUAUUUUAAUUUCAUCUCGCGUCUCCCAUGAACGAAAUGAAACAAGGGUAUCGUCUUCCUCGCCAUCGAAGUAUUUCCGUGAGAAAAAUUUUCAGGUGUCUAAUGGUGUUGAUCAGGAGGUCCAUCAAGUUCUUGUAGCCAUCUUCUUCUUUCUUGACCGAUCCCUCUCUCCUCUUCUUCGCCGCAUCUUUGGAAACUAGGGUUCCUCGAAAAAACGGCGAGUUCCGUGAAUGCAUGAUGCAUUAGGGUUAAUUUGGUCUUUCUAGAUAUAUUAGAAUUUAAUCAGCUGAAUAAAUCAGUAAUUAAUCAGCCUAAUUAAGUAGAAGAAUGGUGAGGACGCCAUGUUGCAAAGCAGGACUGAAGAAAGGUGCAUGGACGCCUGAGGAAGAUCAGAAGCUCAUUGCUUAUCUUCAAGAACAUGGUGAAGGUGGCUGGCGUACUCUCCCAGAAAAAGCCGGAUUAAAGAGAUGCGGGAAAAGUUGUCGACUGAGGUGGGCAAAUUAUCUAAGACCCAACAUUAAGAGAGGAGAGUUUAGUACCGAGGAAGAAGACACAAUUAUCAAGCUCCAUGCUAUAAAGGGUAACAAAUGGGCGUCAAUUGCCACUCGUUUGCCGGGACGAACUGACAACGAGAUCAAAAACUUUUGGAACACUCAUAUCAGGAAACGUUUGGUAAAAAAGGGCAUCGAUCCAAUUACACAUGAACCGAUCCAUUCGGCCAAAAAUGAAACAGGGAAAACCGAGUGCCAACCCGACUCUCAUAAACCGGCCGGUUCUUCCGGUUCGGUUAUGGUCAUUAACCGUGUCGCCACCAAACUCGCCAUUGAUCUCAACCGGAAUCUUCUGGCCGGAAUCAUCAACGGAAUCUCUGGCGAUGAUUCACAGAACAAGAUGGCAGCCAAAACAAAUGCUAUCAAGUCGAUUUUUACGGGGAAUUACGAAAGCGAGAAGAACUUAUCUUUGUCCACGUCAAUUUCUUCGGGGUUCUCCGACGACUUUCUAGAAACUUCCACGACGGAAUUCGAUUCCAUCGGGUGUCUGAUCAGUACACCAAGCGAAGAUUUUUCUCUGGUCGAUGAACGUCGGCUCGAGUUGGCCAAUUUGUUUGGUAAUAACGGAGAGAUGUCGGAUAAUUACAUGAUGGAAAUGGAUAAUGUUGGUUUUAUGGAAGAGUUAGAAGAAAUUAUCGGCGACAAUCAUACCAAAGAUUCGCUCGACAUUACACCUGGGGAAGAGUUCCCGAGUUGUUGGAACUGCGACGAGAACAAGUUACAGAACAGUGCGAGUUCGCCGGGUUCGUGGUUCGUGUUUUAGUCUGAGCUAUCUAAUUCAUUAAAUAAUUCGUGGGACAGAAAAUCAACUAAGCGUUGAUUUUUCUUGCCCGUGAUCCCUGUCCGGCUGUCCCUCCAUCACUAUCAGGAGAUGUGAUCUUCUUGUCUCCCGUUGAUUGGUGUUUGCCACGUGGCGUGUAAUAAAUGUGUAGUUACUUGGAAAAAUAAUGUCGAGUUAUGACAAUAAUAAAGAGUUUCGCCAUUCU